CCCACGAAAACUUUUUUUGCUCUGGAGUAAGUUUCUACAAACUCCGAGUCACUACACAACUACGGCGGUGGAGGGUAGAACCACAGCUGCCGGUCACAACGUAUGGAGAAGUCUUCUUUAACCUCCUGCUGUAUCUUCGGAGUGACUUUGUUUGCGUUUGCUUACUUUAGCCGUUGAUUAAAUGACGCGUAUGCGCUUUAAGGUCGUGCGUUGUUGCACUGGGACCAAUAGGAAAUAAACACACGCCGUAAGCGACGUAUGUUUCUCUGGUGAUGUCUUAAGCAGCUGUUGUGUUUGGCCGAAAGACGUCUGUGGCUGCGGUCGGCGUUCGCUAGCUUAGCUUAGCUUGGCUUGGCUUAACUUUUUUUGGAGCAACUUUAUUUCGGGGAAACUUUAAGGGACCGUCGUCAAACUUGCUUAGCCGCAGCGGCCGGAGGGAGCGUCUCGCCGCGGCCAUUCCUUCACGGCGCCGCUUUAAGCGAAACGAGGGGGGAGCCUUGAAACCACCGCGCUUGGAUCUUGAACAUUUCCGAGCGGAGUCGAGCACCAUAUUGAAUCAAAGUUGCCAACUCCGUGACAAAUGUUCUUUUGACUUUCGGGCCUUUCAAAAAAAGAAAAACAACAACAACAACAACAACAGAAAAACUCGAGCGUGGUUAAAUCCGAUCCGGACGGCGGCGGCGGCGGCGACACCCGGACAGUAAUACUGGACGCACUGCGAUGCGAUGUUCUUCCCCCCGAGGCGCUUCGCUCCCGUGUGUGUUCCACCGCGUGUGAACUUUUGAAGAGCGAGCCCAGCGCCGCGGACCGGACCGGACCUGGAUGCGAUGGACGCCCCGGCCUCGGUGAUCACCCAAGUCAGCCGCGACGAGGAGGCGAGCAGAGCCGCGGGCGAGCGGGGCUCGUCCCCCUCGCUGUCCUCCAAGAAGCCCCGGAGCCGAGGCCUCUUCUCCAGCCUGUUCUGCUGCCUCUGUCGGGACCAGCCCGAGCUCCCGCCGGUCAACAACAACGCCCCUCUGCUGGUGGAGGAGAACGGCACCGUCUCCAAGAUCCAGGUGAAGCCCCUGCUGCCUCCAGCGAAGUCGAAAGACUCAGGAAAGAUCUGCGUGGUCAUAGAUCUGGACGAGACAUUGGUCCACAGCUCUUUUAAGCCUGUGAACAACGCAGAUUUCAUCAUUCCCGUGGACAUAGAAGGAACGGUACACCAGGUGUACGUCCUGAAGCGGCCCCACGUCGACGAGUUCCUCAAGAGGAUGGGGGAGCUGUUUGAGUGCGUCUUGUUCACCGCCAGUUUAGCCAAGUACGCAGACCCAGUGUCUGACCUCCUGGACAAGUGGGGCGCCUUCCGCUGCCGCCUCUUCAGGGAGUCCUGCGUCUUCCACCGGGGAAAUUACGUGAAGGACCUGAGUCGCCUGGGUCGCGACCUGAACAAAGUCAUCAUCGUGGACAACUCCCCGGCCUCCUACAUCUUCCACCCCGACAACGCAGUGCCCGUGGCCUCGUGGUUCGACGACAUGUCUGACACCGAGCUGCUGGACCUCAUCCCGUUCUUCGAGAGGCUGAGCAAAGUCGACAACGUCUACACGGUCCUCAAGCACCAAGGGGCGUCGAGCUAACGGUAUUCAAAUCUUCCACGACCUCAACUCUGAGCACGGCGGCGCAUCGCCAUCACCCAGCGAGGCCUUCACCUUUCCCAGUAAAAAGCACACUUCAUUGUUCAGGAGUAUUUAACGGCGGCAUCACUGCCACCUUCUGGACAAAAUGGAAAACUGUCAGAAAAUGACACUGUAACUUUCCCUGCCCCCCCAGCGCACCAGCUAGUGGAUGAAAGUGAUGAAUGAAUGUCAGAGGACAUUUCUCCAGCGUCUCUGAACCUGCAGUAGAGUGGAUAUAGCCGAGGCCUGAAUCCAUGAGUCCAGCGGACACGGACUCGGCUGCUGGACUAAUCCUGACGAAACUGAAGCAAGGUUGGAUAAAGUUGGAGAGAAACUACGGCGACGCUUUUUCUCGAUCAGUCUUGUCACGGAAAGAGUGAGAUUUUGUGGGCGUAUUUUAUAAACAUUUGGGAGCAGUGUUAUCUUCAUCACACGCCCUCUUCUUCUUCUUACUAUUACUAUUAUCACACUAUUUGUCUGCGGCCGUGAUCAUGUGACCCUCAAGGUUUUUUAGAGCAAAGUGAUAUGGUGUUUAUUGGAGAGAGGAAAAACUCUUCAAAACCCUGCGAGGAUUAUAACUUAAAAUAUAAUUAGGAAAUGUAACUAAUUGAUUGGUCAGCACUUUACAGGUCAAAUCAUGUCUUCACUGCAGUUUAUUGCUUAGACAAUUGAACAAGAAAUGAGGAUUAUAACUAUUUACUAAAUAAACAGGUUGAGAAGAAAUCUCAGCAGGAAGAAAAACAAGGCAUUGGAAGGCCGAGCUGAAAGAUUCAGGCUUGGGGAAAAGAUGACGACAGCAGUGUUUAAUUUUUUCAUACAAGUAUGAACAUCCAACCAUCCGCAUGUCGACGGUGAGGGAGCAGCUGUUGUUCGUCAGAUGUGGGUUUCCCAAAGGAGGUUUAAAGAGCAAUGGACAGCCAGAGUGCACCGUAUCCUUCCACCUGCGAUUCAGCAGGCGUCAGGUUGCCACAGACGAGAGGACCUGGAUGUUUUGAAAAAAACAGAAGAUGCUGGGUCGUUUUUUUAUUGUCGGGGUCGUGUUACAUCGUGUUACAUGUUUUAAAGCCACACACACACACACACACACAACACUUGAAUUUCUCACAGCAUCUACAGACUGUGUGAAUGGGUAAAGAAAGUUCUUUCUCUUCUUUUUUUAUCAAGCGGUACACAUACGCUGGAAACAGGAUUUUGUACUAAAACAUGCGUCGGUGUGUGCGUGCAUGUGUGGGGGGGGGGGGCUCAAGGAUACACAAGGUGUUGUGGUUUUAAUUCAGUCCCGAUUUAAAGGAGAAUUCCACCCUAAAAACCCUUCCACACUCAUGCAGAUUUUUUUUUUUGCACCUUCAGCGUCGAGAUACAGUUGCAGUGGAACGUGAAAUGUUGACAUUCGGGAUCUGUCUGUUUGACAUGAGCUCCAAAAUCACAUUUGGAGAAGAGUUUCCAAAAGUGUUUUAUGAUGUGUAGCAGUGGGUGGAGUUUUCCUUUUAAGCCAGAUGUUGAGUUUCUGACACCGUUGAAUCGGUAACGGUUGUUUUUGACUCGCGGAGAAACUCGUACGUACACGCUAAUAUUUAGGCAACCAGCCAACCAAAUCCAGUCAGUGUAAAUUCAGGGCUCUGCUGACGUCAGACGUCAUCGGAGGCGGAGUCAGCUGGUGAACCUGGUGUGUGAGUUCAUCUUCCCUUUAACAUUGUACGGACAGCUAGCAAAAGUGAGUGAGCACAUAAGCCAGCGACGUUAAGUUACCGCGACGCACACGAGCGCUGCGCAAGAACCUUGAACAGGAUGGAACAGUAAUGACAGUUAAAUUCCUUAAGUCCACAACAUUAAGAGCUAUUACAUUAUUUUCUAUGUUUAACAAAUUCUUUGUCAAUCAGACAAGUCUGGGUCUUUUCUAAAUACUUAUGAUUUUAAUUCUUAUUAUUAUUGCUUUUGCCCAGGAGUGGUCCUCUGAUACAAUAUUUCCAGUUUCACUGUUUUCAUCAAAGACCUGGUUGGUUAUGUCAUAUAUUAAUGUAUGAAGCAGCUGAAAACAAGGAGUAUGUCACUGUUAUAGACACAUAACAGGCCCAUUGUGAAAUGUGUUUCGUAUCAGCCGUGGUCACGUCUCACUGGGGUUGGUUUCCUUUUAUUUUAUUCAUAGGCAAAGAGGAUAAUUUAUAGGAACAUUUGAUUACAUUUAAAAACAAGUGUUGUCACUUCGGGGGGGGCCCAUUCUCAGAAUACUGUACUUCUCACACAUUCAGUAGAUAUGUAUAUUUUGUUUUGCACAGUAAUUAGGCAAACAAAUGUCAUUAAUAUAUGCAAUAUUCAUGUUACUGUACUCAUGAUUCGAUAGAUGUAACCCUAAUUCUUUGGCCUUUUGUUGUUUUAUCAUACCAAAUGAUAUAUGUACUGUUUGUAAUAAUGUCAUUUCCUUUUUUCCAUAAAUGCGUAAUGAAAGACGGUC